UGUAUUGCAAUAUUCAGUCAUCGAAAGGUUUUUAUUGUGGUCAGACGCGAUAUUUGUCACCAUUCCGUCGUGGUGGUUCUGUGAAUAAAAUGGAGCAUUCAAAUGAUGCGUGUUCAUCAGAUGAAUUCGUUGAUGUCGAAAUCCAGCCAAACGCUCAUUUACCAAAAGAAAUGUUGGAAGAGAUCUUCAGAAACUUGCACAAUGGGAGAGACUUAGCAAAUGCUCGUCUUGUAUGUCGUAUCUGGUUCGAAGUUGCAACUCCUUUGUAUUUAUCAAAAAUCGACGACAUUGAAGUUAAUUUCUCACCAACUCAUCGACAAGAAGCAAUUUAUCGGCGUAUUCUUUCCGACAAAUAUCGUGAACGACAGAGACAAGUUCCGAAUCGAAAACUUAGCGAGGCGGAUAGAGACGAAAUUCAUCGUGCCGUUUCUGUGGAAUGCGAUUUAGUAGACGACAAUUGCUCCAUUGCAAAAUAUUGCAACUAUAUUGAGGCCGGCGGUACAGUCCAGUAUACCAAUUUCAAUUUUGUUGCCAUAAAUAUCAGCAAAAGUACGAUGGCACACCGGUUCUUCUCGCUCUGUGGCGAACACGUGAAGACUCUAACUGUUUCCGACUGCGGAAAAAACUAUUGGUAUUGCGACAGUCCUAAGAGUCUUUGUGCAUCGUGUGCGGAUUUAAAGAGUAAAAGCAGUAAAUGCGUACUGAACCUGCCUGUUUUGGGAACACUGAUGCAAACUUACUGUCCGAAUGUUGGAAUUUUAACAAUUGACUACUUUUCAACCAAAAAGCAAGACGAUCAUGCGACUGGUUCUGGGUCGCAGUCGAGUGAAUCGAAAAAAGACGAAUCACAAGAGGAGGUCGAUGAAGAUGAUAGCGAUGACAAUGAUAGCGAUGACAAUGAAAGCGAGGACGAAGAGUUUAGUUACGUGAUGGUAUUCGGAGAUGUGUGGUCCGAGAAUUCAGCGAAUCAAUUGGAACUGGAACAAAAAUAUCCGCCCGCAUUCCGCCUUCACAACAUUCACACGAUUCGUGUUGUCGAUAAACUGGUUGUAUCUUUACACGAGAAUGUAUUCGUCUAUCAAUUGUUUUUACACUGUCCGAACGUAGCGAGUGCCAGUAACUUUGGUAAAAUGGAGGACGCAUUCGAGUCACAUGCCUUUGAUUUUGUCAGAGCGCUGGUUACCAAUGCCAAAAUGGAAAAUUUUACCGAACUAUUUCUUCGCACAGUUGACGCUACAACGAUUCACACCCUGUUCGAACGCCAUAAGGAUCGUAUGCACCUCAAGCUCCUAAAAGUCAAUCAUCUUGUGACGCACCUUGCCGAAUCGAGCUUUCUUCAGUUUCUGGAAUCUCAGGCUGCCACUCUCGAAACUAUGAUGUGCGGCUUGUCGCAAAAAAGGAAUCCAUCGUGGUCGAAUGAGGCGAUUCGAUUUCCGGGAGAGAUGCCGAAGUUGACUCAUUUGCGAAUCGGACUCGGAAAGCAAGAACAACCGGAACGUCCACCGAAAAAGAUCGCACCGAUUAACUGGGCCACUCAAUUUCCGUCAUUAAAAACGCUGAUGCUGCCAGAAUUUGCAACCAAUGUGACUGUUGAUUCGUUUUUCGAACAUCCAUAUUCACUUGAUGGACUGUCCAGACUUGAACUUCCCGCAAAACUUACUCAAAGUCUGAUGGAACGAGCUGGGCUCUUGUUUCCAAAUGUUACGGAACUGGCUGUGGGGUUUCAGAUUAUUGACUCGAUGCGUCUAAUAUGGACCAUGUGGAAGAAGCUGAAGUCACUCCAUUUAUCUGUGAUUUAUUACGACGAACGAGAUUCAGCGAAGCACACAACCGCGUUUCUUAACUUGGACGAACUGUUAACAGGAUUCGAUAAAAGCCAAAUGGAAAUGGCUAAGGACGGAAAUCGUGAUGUCAUCGGAGAGCCCAAGUUUCCUUCCAUCAGUAAAUUGACUGGUAAUUCAUUCCAACUGUUUAUUUGGAACAUCAAAAUGUCAACAUUCCGAAUCGCUUCAUUUUUAGAUCUUCGCGAGCUAACCAUCUUCGGUGCUUCUUAUCGAACUGAUUCCAGACGAUACAUAUUAAACGAAGUGAAUUGCAUAGAAGCACAGCAAAAUGCGGUGUCGGAUAUUUCUGUACAGAAUGCUCUGAUUAAGCUGCCAUGUUUGAAGUACUUGGACAUCUCUUAUCAUCUUUACAAUAUUUCACCAUCGGCUGACAUGGAACUUUGCAAUCAUUUGAGUUUGGUUCACGAAGAUAUUGUGGCCACUCGCAAUAAUUUUACGAUUAUGAGCAACUAUCGAGGCCGAGAAGAAGCGCACGCAAUGUGCAGAUUAGACACUAUGUACAAGGAUAAGUAAAAGGUUAUCCCAUUAAUGUUGGAUAUAUUUCAGAUGUUUGUACUUCUUUACUUGUUUUUAGAGUAAAUGUGACGCGUAAACAUGUCUCCAUUUUCUCAGUUAAUGAAAAUUUUUGUUGAAAUUUGUCAAUAAAGUGUUGCACGUUCAAAAUUUUCC